GGUGAGUAAAAAGGAGGUGAAGAAGAAGAAAAGCGACGGCCUCUCUCUCUCUCUCUCUCUCUCUCUCCGGCUUGAAUUUCUUUUGAGAGAGAUAUGAUCUGUCCCCAAAGCUUCCGUUUUCAUUUUAUAUAUAGCAUAUAAACUUCCAUCUCUCUUUUUCCGGAAGGUGAUUGCAAAAACACUUAUACUGCAGAGAGCAGCUGAAGAGUGAGAAAGAAAAAGAGAAAGAGAAAGACGACAGACAAGGAGCAACGUAAAGGGAGAGCGAGAGAGAGAGAGAGAGAGAGAAAAGAGGAGGAAUUCAGGAAGCUUUCAAUUACCGCAGAAGAGAGAACGAUGUCUGAGAGCUUUACAUCCUUUCACUCUCUGCAACUCUAAGAGCAAGGGAAUUAGACAGUACUGUGUGUUGUGCCUCAAGAGCAAAAGAAGGAGAUGAUGAUGAAGAUCAUGAUUCUGAUAUGGAACUAGUAACACCUCCACUUACACCAAUUUUCUCGCACCUAAAGACCCACCAUUCAAUUUCAAUCCCAGAAAAGUCCAAUUCUGCCAGUUCUAUGUCCCAAGACUACCAACACGGCAUCUUCAGCUUCUCCAAUGGAUUUGAGAGAUCCGCCGUGUCACACCAUGAGCAACAACAUCAGCAACAUCAUCAUCACCAUCAUCAACAAGCACAGCAACACCACAUAGCCCAGCAGAUCCGGAGGGACAAACUGAGAGUACAAGGCUUCGAGCAGUCACCGCCACAACUGGUGGGGAUUGAUGAAGAAGAACCUGGGGGCCUUCCGGUGUAUGAGACGGCGGGGAUGUUAUCAGAGAUGUUCAAUUUCCCUUCUGGGGGUGCUACCGCUGCAGACUUGUUAGAACAGCCGAUGGCACCGAGCUUUCGGACCCCGCGGCCACAGCCGGUGGCAACAGGUGUGGCCAACGAGUGGUACGGAUCAAACAGACAAGGGAUGGUGGUGGGGCUCGGACCCUUGGGAGAUGCAAAAAAUCAGAAUAGUGUGAAUAGCCGUGAUAAUCUAGCACAUCAGCCUCAUCAUCAUCAUCAUCAUCAUGCUCAGAUUUCAAGCAUUAAUGCCGCGGAAUCAGCCGCUGCCAUGCAGCUUUUUCUAAUGAAUCCACAGCCCAGAUCUCCAUCUCCUCCACCUCCUUCAACUUCUUCUACUCUCCACAUGUUGCUUCCAAACCCAUCCACUUCUCUUCAUCAAGGGUUUGCAGCCUCUGGGGCUGCUGAAGGAGCAUUUGGACAAUUCACUUGGGUACCCGAUCAUAGCAGUCAUGAUGGAGGUAACACUGGUGCCCAACUCAACAACGCCAGUGAAAUUGGAGGGGUUGUGGAAAGCCAAGGCCUUUCAUUGUCUCUAUCGUCUUCGCUGCAACAUCUGGAAGCGGCUAAAGCUGAGGAAUUGAGGAUGGGGGAUGGUGGGUCGAUAUUUUAUUAUAAUCAAGGAGCUGGAGGCUCAUCGUCGAGUACUGCUCAGUAUUAUAAGAAUUUGGGUGGCCAUAACCAGACAUUGCAUUUACAAGGAGUGGCUCAUAAUAACCAUCAGGUUCAUGCUGGGAUUGGGUCCUCAUCAUUAGGUAUGGUGAACGUGCUAAGGAAUUCAAAAUAUGUUAGAGCCGCCCAAGAAUUGUUGGAAGAGUUCUGCAGUGUUGGUAGGGGGCAAUUCAAGAAGAACAAAUUUGGAAAGCACAACGCAAACCCUAACUCCAUUAAUCCAGGUAACAGUACUACUUCUGGUGCAGCUGGUUCUUCAUCAUCCUCAAAGGAUCUCCCUCCAUUGUCAGCAGCUGACAGGAUUGAGCAUCAAAGAAGGAAGGUCAAACUUCUUUCCAUGCUUGAAGAGGUGGAUCAAAGAUACAACCACUACUGUGAACAAAUGCAAAUGGUGAUGAACUCAUUCGAUCUGGUUAUGGGUUUUGGUGCGGCAGUCCCUUAUACAGCUCUUGCACAGAAGGCAAUGUCACGGCAUUUCCGGUGUCUAAAAGACGCAAUUUCAGCACAACUGAAGCAUAGUUGUGAGCUUCUCGGAGACAAAGAUGGUGCGGGGACUUCAGGAAUAACCAAGGGAGAGACUCCAAGGCUUAAACUGCUGGAGCAAAGCCUAAGACAGCAAAGAGCCUUUCAUCAAAUGGGGAUGAUGGAACAAGAAGCUUGGAGACCCCAACGAGGGUUGCCUGAACGUUCGGUGAACAUCUUGAGAGCCUGGCUUUUCGAGCAUUUCCUUCACCCGUAUCCAAGCGAUGCAGAUAAACACCUGUUGGCACGGCAGACUGGCUUAUCGAGAAAUCAGGUUUCAAACUGGUUUAUUAAUGCCAGGGUUCGGUUGUGGAAACCCAUGGUGGAAGAGAUGUACCAGCAAGAAGCGAAAGAUGUGGAUCAGGAGGAUACAGAUCAGGAGGGAUCAGAAGGAGAAACUAUAAGGAAUCAAAACAGCAAUAUUAUUGGCCUCAGUACUACUACACAAACUCCAAUGCCCGCAACGACAGCUACAACACCAACAUCAACAACAACAGCAUCAAUAUUACCAACAGCAUCAACAAUAUUAACAACUACCACGCCAACAGGCAAAAGAUCCGAUGCCAAUGCGUCUGAAAACGACCCUUCACUUAUCGCAAUCAAUAGACAUUGCUUCUCGGAAAACCAAGCAAAGCUGCAGGGAAACUCUACCACCAUCACCACCGCCGCCGAGGUGUCACCGCCUGUGUCACUCUGCUUCCCGGCGACCCAGGACUUGAGCUCGGAAGGCCUGCACCAGCACAGAUCAUCAAAUAUGGCUACCGAAGACACGUGUCGCCGUGGCAGCGUGCUUGCAGCUGACUUUGGGACCAUCUCUGGGAAUGCUGACAAUAAUAUUGGGUCUGGUAAUCUCAUUAGGUUUGGGACCACGGCUGGUGAUGUGUCACUCACUCUGGGGCUACGCCAUGCAGGAAACAUGCCAGAGAAAAGUUCUUUCUCAGUUAGGGACUUUGGAGGAUGCUAAAGUUCAUUAGCAGCUUAAAGGAAAACCUAAGAAAAAAAAAACACUUUUCUUUAUGAUUUUUUAAUUUUCUUGUCCCAACCCAUUAUGAAACACGUACGUACGGGGGUCUAUUAUAUAUAAUUGUAUAGUAGAUUGUUUCUCUGCA